AUGAAUCCAAAUAGUCAUCCUUAAUUUUAAAAACCUCCUGCUUCUAUGAGUUAACAGAAAGUCAAGCUAAAUUAAUCUGUCUCAUUUUAUAGAUUUAUUAUUGGAGGUUUAGGAUAUGGAGGAAUAGAUUUUAUAAGUAAACAAAUAUUUGGAGAAGGAAAGCACUAUGAAAGUCUUAAAAAAUAUGAGUAAUAAACAAAUGAUAAACUUAAAAAUGUAGAAUUUUCUAAAGAAAAAUUGCUUGAAAAACUAGAUUAACAUGAGUAGCUUAAAGUUUUGUAAGAAUAGCUUUAAGAAUCUCAAAAUUCUAGCACCAUUUUAAAGAACUUUAUUUAUGGAUUUUUAGCAACUAAUCUAGGAUCAAUUUUUCAUGCUAAGCUAAAUAACCAUUUUAAAACAAAAGGCUAUUCAUCUAACAAAAAGAUGUUUUUAUCUCCCUUCUCAUUUUUGCCUUAUUACCUUUUUUGUGGUAUUUACGAUAAACUACCAUUAGAAGAAUUAGGAUCUAGAAUAGCUAAAGAUUUUCUACCUUUGUUUGUAAUUCGCUUAACAGGAGAUAUUAUCAGAUAUAAAAUCUUUUCAAAAUAUGAGUAGUAAGCAAUAGCUUCUGGAAAUUAAUUUAUUAAUAAUCCUAGACUUUUUGGAUACCAUAUGCUACUAAGAGGAGUUUAUAUCUUAUCAAUGGACACAUUUUAUCAUUAAAGAGUGCAAAUUUUUUGA